GCUGCGGCACUCAUGUCACCGGCAUUGCCGCCACACGGGCUGCAUCUCGUCCCGAGAGCCAACUGUUGAAGGCCCGGGGCCGCUCAGAAUGCUGGCAUGUCGGCAGCCAAUAUGGAUGCAUUGGCUCGAUCGGGCAUAUGGGAGAAUUGCCGAGCCGCCUACGAAGAUAUAGUGAAGCACUUAGAGCGCCUGCGCGAAGAGCGCACGGAUGAAAGGCAGCAGGCCAUAUGCGCCGGUGGAAUCGAUCGAUGCGGCAGUGUUGUGAAUGAACGGGAACUGAAGCCAAGAGAUCUGAGUUCGCGCAAUUGCUCCCCCACGCGCCAAAGUCCAGUUCUCAAUUUGAGCAAGUCCGGCGGCAAUACGGACCAUGGCGGCAGCAACUGUGACGGCCGCAGCGAGCGCAGCGACUGUCUUUCGGCAGCGGCGUCGCCGCGUGGGUCGCGCAGCCUGGACGAAGGCAGUCGCAGCGUUGGCGGCGGCCCCAUAAUUGGCGUUGAGGACGACGAGGAGGAGGAGAAUCUCAGCGAUGAGAACCAAUCCGAAGUCGAUGAACGUUGCUUGGGCAAAGACGAUGAAGACUUGAGUGACACGGAGCGUGAUAAUCUAUCCACGGGUUCGGCGGCCGCUACUGCCGCCGCUGCCGCAGCUGCUGCUCAUUUGCAUCAACAUGCUGCAGCCGCUUCGCACCAUCAUCAGGCCCAUCAGGCACAUCAUCUGAGCGUGGUGGGCUCUCCGACUGCCGAUGUGGCUGCCGCCGCUGCACUGCAGCAUCAGCGCGCUCUCAACUACUCGCAGCUGGCGGCUGCUGCUGCCGUGGCCAAUGGUGCUGCUGCUGGAGCCAGUGCGGCAGCAGCAGCAGCAGCAGCAGUAGCAGCUAAUGGACCCUCAACUGCCGGCGGUCGAGCACUGACGCCUAACGAAGCCUUGUUGUCAUCGACUGAUGGAACUGCUGCAGCCGCUGCCCUGGCUGGCGGAUUGGCGCUGGGUCCACUGGGCCUCGAUGCGCAUGCCGUUGUGCCCGCCAGCUCAACGGAAACUUUGCUGCGGAACAUACAAAGCCUGCUCAAGGUGGCAGCGGACAAUGCCAGGCAGCAGGAACGCCAGCUUAGCUAUGAGAAAGCCGAGCUUAAGAUGGAUGUUUUACGCGAACGCGAGGUCAAAGAUUCCCUCGAAAGACAACUUGUCGACGAGCGCAAAUUACGUGUGCUGUAUCAGAAGCGUUUUAGACGCGAGCGCAAGAUACGUAUUCGAUACCAGCAGCAGCUGGGCGACGAGAGCAGUAAAGGCAACAGCAGUGCGAGUGCCAACAACGUCACCUGCAGCGAGGCGGAGCUGUGCGCUGGCAGCGGCACGGCUGAAGGCAAAUGCAGCAAUGUUGGCAGUGAAGGUGCCGAGGCGCCAAAAGAUACUGACUGCGGCAGUCGAGGCGGCAGUGAUAAGUCUGAGAAGUCCCAAAGCUCCUCAUGUGAUGUGACCAGUCAGACGGUGCAAGCGGCAGCCGCCAGCCAUUCGGAUCCACCCACACACUUUAAACGCGAACCGCACUCCGACCACGAGGGCUCCAUGGAGCGCCAACAGUGCAGCAGCGCCACUCGCGACACUGAACCGCGCUGCUCGAGUCGCGAUCGCGACGACCAACCACCACCCAUUGCUGCCUCAGUCACUGCUGCCGCCGCUGCUGUUGCCGCUGAGGGCAGUCUGGCAGCAGCCGCUGCUGUUGGCGCAGCCACAGCUGCCACUGGCAACGGCAAGGCUACUUGGAGCUAUCCGGGCAUCGAUCUGAUGGCCACUGGCGCCUUCUGGCAAAACUAUUCGGAAUCCCUUGCACAGGAGCUGGAAAUGGAGCGCAAGACACGCGCUGCGAACGCUGAGCGCGAUGUCAAGAGUCCCUUGUCGGAGAGACCAACAGCAUAUUACAAGAACUCGGUACUCUUUGGGAGCGCCAACUAAGCUCCAGUGCGGUCAGCCGUUGCCAAAUGCAACACGGAUAUUUGAUCUCAAAGUGCAAUCCAGGUGACAACACGUGACCGGACCAAAAAUGCAGAACUCCAACA